UUUGCGGUGUGGGGGGGCAGCACGGAAGGGGGGUCCCUGUACUCAGCUCGCAAUCUCAACUGGAACAAAGACACCGGUGUCAACAAGCACAAGGUGGUGAUGGUUGUCAUCCCUGACGACGAGGACAUCCCCUCGGCCACCCUGGGGUUUGCCUGUCUACGGCACUCUUGCAGGGAUGAGUGCUAAAGGUCUGACAGUACACGAGGCUAAUCUUGAAGAGACCGAGAUAACUUUCGACGGAUUUCCAUGGACAUGAGGCUUCGUUACAUCAUGGAGUUUUCCAGCAACCUUCUGGAGGGCAGUCUUCCUCUUCUCUCUCCAAUUUGGAUAUUCCCCUGAUAU